CUGCGGCCUCCUCAUGCCCGUGGCCUCCUCCCCAGGCCCCGGGCCUCAGCCGCCAGCCCCGAGCAGUCGGCGCAGCUGCAGCGCUGGCUCCUCCGGGCGAAGGGCCUCGGGAGGAUCCCCUCCGGGUCUCGUCUGGACGCAGCCGAGGAGGGGGAGGGCCUGAUGCUCGGCCAAUGAGCGGGGUCUGAGCCGCCGCGUCGGGCAACACCUCUGCCCAGGACUGGCCCUUCCCUUCCCUAGCCCAGCAGGUGUAGGGCCCGGCCGCCCGCGUCCGCGCGCGGGGUUUGCACGGCAGGCACGAGGGCCCGGGAAGCGCCGUCCUAAGGCGCUUAGGCGCGCGCGGGGUGCAUUAUCGUGCUGUGUUUGACCCAGGAUCUCAAGGAUUUCAUAAACACCCUCCCUCCCCGUUAUUCAGGUGGUCUUUCGUAUGGGGAUGUGGGGCAGCUUCCAAGACAUCGGCCACCUUGAGAUGGCCAGGAGUUGGCGAUCCACGGAGCUGGAAUGUUUAAUCUGUACUUGGGGCAGAGGAUUCUGGGCCAGGAAACCCGACUCGAGGAAAUACAGCAGGAAUUGGAAGGCUGGGUGUCCAGUUAGAGGAAGUGGGACUAAGGAGCAGUCUCAGAAGCUUUCGUUUUCUUUAUUAAGUUUAUCCUAGGGACUUAAAGUAGCUGUUCCCAGUUUUUCGGGCUCAAGGGUCAGUAGCUUUAUGUUCCUCCAAACUGUGCAGUGUAAAGAUUGUACAGUCUCGGGUUACUUUUCUUGCCCUUGGUGGCAAUCUACAAAUGAGAAUUUGUUCCUGGAGCUCAUUAGAAUCUUUACAUUCUUUGGAGAGUGAGGAGUCAGGCUUUAGACUUUCUUGAUUCCACGCCUGAGCAUUUCUGUGUAGGGCCUUUGCUCCUGCCUUUAAAUGAUUUAUCAAGUUGAAUUUCAAAGAUCUGUCAGAGAGCCCCUUGAUGUGUAGGGCAGUUUUUGUUGGCAAAAAUGACCUAGAUCUACACAACUAUUGUUAAACAACAGGUAACUAUAUUCUAAGUAGCUUAAUUUAUUUUUAAAGGAACAUUUUUCUCUGCAAACUUUAUUUUCAUUUAUUUUGCAAGAAAUAAGGAAAUAACAUAAAAUAGGAACAUAUACAGUUUGGCCGUUUACUUUUAAAGAAUAAAAACUACACUUUUUCAGUCUAUACGGGAUCUGGUUCACUUUCAGUCCCUAAGGAGAAGCCAGGUGUUUGCACUUCCAACUGUGAGGGUGUUUUUGGUUUCAGGGAGGGGUGUGUUUUGGUGAGGAAGAGUGGCCCUGAGCUAACAUCUGUGCCAUUCUUCCUCUGUUUUGUAUGUGCGACGCUCCCACAGCAUGGCUUGAUGAACACUGUGUAGGUCCAUGGGCAGGGAUCUGAACCCAUGAACCCCAGGCUGCCGAAGCAGAGUGCCAGAACUUAACCACCAGGCUGGCCCCUGUUUUUGCUGUUUUUAUGACCUUUUAUGUGUGUCAGCUUUAAGGAGAAGCUAGAGUUUUGUUCGUUUUUUCCUGAUCAGUAAAUAAGAAUACUGAAUUUUUUGGUUUAUUUUUAACAGUGAUGUUUGGAAGCAGUUCAUUUAAGAGGCAAUAUAGUAUAAUGGUUAAAAUUAUGGAUGUCAGAGCCAGAUGUCCUGGUUUCAAAUCCCAGGUCCACCAGUUACUAGCUGUUUUGACCUUGAGCGUGUUGCUUAACCUCUCCCUGCUUUAGUUUCCUCAUCUAUAAAAUGACCAUAAUAGUAUCUAACAUUUUUGUGAGGAAAAAAUGAAUUUAAUAUUAUGAAGUGCUUGGAACAGUUCCUGAUACAUGAAACCUUGACCUUGAAGAUGGUGAGUAGCCAGCCAAAGUACGAUCUAAUACGGGAGGUAGGCCGAGGUAGUUACGGUGUUGUGUAUGAAGCAGUCAUCAGAAAGACCUCUGCACGGGUGGCAGUGAAGAAAAUUCGAUGCCAUGCACCCGAAAAUGUUGAACUAGCCCUACGAGAGUUCUGGGCACUAAGCAGUAUCAAGAGCCAACAUCCAAAUGUGAUUCACUUGGAGGAAUGCAUCCUACAAAAAGAUGGGAUGGUGCAAAAGAUGUCCCACGGCUCUAAUUCUUCCCUUUAUUUACAGCUUGUAGAGACUUCAUUGAAAGGAGAAAUUGCCUUUGAUCCCAGAAGCGCCUAUUAUUUGUGGUUUGUGAUGGAUUUUUGUGACGGAGGAGAUAUGAAUGAAUAUCUGUUGUCCAGGAAACCCAAUCGUAAAACUAACACCAGCUUCAUGCUUCAGCUGAGCAGCGCCCUGGCUUUCUUGCAUAAAAACCAGAUCAUCCACAGAGAUCUUAAGCCUGAUAACAUUCUGAUUUCUCAAAGCAGGUUGGAUACCAGUGACUUGGAACCUACACUGAAAGUGGCUGACUUUGGUCUAAGUAAAGUUUGUUCAGCCUCUGGGCAGAACCCAGAAGAACCUGUCAGUGUAAACAAGUGUUUCCUUUCCACAGCAUGUGGAACAGAUUUCUACAUGGCUCCUGAAGUGUGGGAGGGACAUUACACAGCCAAAGCUGACAUCUUUGCUCUGGGGAUUAUCAUCUGGGCGAUGCUGGAAAGGAUCACAUUCAUAGACACAGAGACAAAGAAGGAACUCUUGGGGAGUUACGUAAAACAAGGAACUGAGAUUGUGCCUGUUGGGGAGGCGCUUCUGGAAAAUCCCAAAAUGGAACUUCUCAUUCCUGUGAAGAAGAAGUCUAUGAAUGGGCGAAUGAAACAACUGAUUAAGGAAAUGCUGGCUGCAAACCCUCAGGAUCGUCCAGAUGCUUUUGAACUAGAACUCCGAUUAGUGCAAAUUGCAUUUAAAGAUAACAGCUGGGAAACGUGACACAUACAUUAUUUGCAAAUAUCUUGGAUGAUAUGCUGCUUCUGUUAUAACAGUGCUGCAACAUAAUGUGGCUGAAAAGAAUAUAAAAAGCUAAACUCCACCUUCUAAGGGUUUAGAUUUUAUUGUGGGGUGUUUUUUUUCCUCCUUUUACUUAAGUCCAAGCUGGCCAUUUUGUUAAUAUGUUUUAAAUGUGUAUUACCAAUGUGGGUGUAAAUUUUUUUUAAAUGAUCAUUGGUAGAAGUUUGGCAGGAAAAUUCUCUAAGAGCCAAGAAGAGAAGGGAGUCCAGUUUUCUGAAAAUAUGUCUCUAAGUAUUUUAGACAUUCCUUGUCAGUAUUAGGAAUUUCCAUGGAAGAGAGGUUUGCAUGCUGGUAAUGCAAGCUUUGAAGCUUUGUAAAGGAAACAUAUAUGUAUAUAUUUAUGUAUAUGUAAGUAUGUGAAUGUGUGCAUUUUGCAUUCCAUAUGAAGAAAAUGCCACUUCUGUUUAAAUUAUUUAAUGUAGGUUUGGGUUUUUGAGAUUUGCUGGUGAAAUCAGUGAUGAAAAAUAAAAGAACCUUCCCUCAUCUUCCUACCCUGUCCCUCCCUCUAAUGAAAUCAUCCUAAGUUUUUUAUUUUUGUAAUAUUAUACAAGUUUUUUUUUUAAGGCAUCAUUUUGGAGGGUCUAAAAUUAUCUGAUUAAACAUAAAUGAAAUUAAGUGAUCCAAAGCUGCUGAAGUAUGUGUGAGCUCUCCAGUGGCCUGUAGCUGGAGGAGUUGGAUUGGCCAUGCAAUCAUGCGGUAGCAGGUUGGCAAGGACACUGAUGAUUCAGUCAUACCUUCUUUAGGUAACCAAGUAUUCAGUUAACCAAUUAAACCACUGCAUUGGGACAUGUCUGCACUUGAGCAUCUGCAAUCUGAUAUAAAUCUGCAUACAAGAUUCUUCUGUUUCUGAAAACUUUGCUAUAUGUAACUAUAGCACUUGAUAUAUUAAUUUUUGAUUUUAAGACUUUGGCUAAGCUUCAUGAAGUUGAAGAAACAAAGUGAGCUCUACCCUCACAUUGCCUGCCCUGAUACGGUCUCUUGUUUAAUUCCUGGGAUUCCUUUCAUUUGGGCACUAAUGCUCUUUUCUCUUGUUUGAUUUGACACAGUAAUGGUAGUGAUAUGGUUGUAGUAUUAAAUGUCGAUCACCUUUUUCUAAAGUGGGAGAUGAUACCUAUACAGUUUGGCAAAUGGAUAAAAUAUUGUGGCGUCAACUCUAUCUUUGAAGUAGAAAAGUUAUGAAUUUUAUAUAGUCACUUGGUAUGGUCUGUGUCAAAAACCAGUAGACCAUGAUUAUUCUUGAAGUCGAUUUGAUUUUAGCCUUAUAUGGUUGUCUCCAACUUGUUUUCCUGUAAAUCCAGAUAGUUAAAAUCUAAGGAAAGGAAAUUUUCCUAAAACAGAACAUUAGCCUUUAAGGUUAGAUAGACUUUUAAGACCAUUGUAUCUAGGUUAAUCUUUAUAAAGCACUAGAAUCUUUGGUCAAAAGUAAAAAAAAAAAAAGUAUUAGAAUAUUGAGAUCAUUGAUAGUUUGUGUAGUCUCAGCUUUUUUGAACUUCCACAACUUUUGGAAUAUUGCUAUCAUAAUUUUUUCCUUAUUUAAAAUGUGUUCAGCAGACUACAGAAGGUGAAAAAGCACAAAAAAUUGGAGUACGUAAAAUUUCUGGACUAUGCAUUACUUGGUCUGGAAGUUUAAAAUUUGGACCAAAAGAUGUUAUUGAAAUAAAGCCUUUUAAAAUAAAAAAAAAAUCAUAUACUUUUAACACCACUUUCAAGCUAAUAAAUGUAAGAAUUCUUUCCGAAAUUAGAGGUGGAAAUGCACUGGAACCUCGUGAUCACCAAAUUAGUGUAACACACAUCUGGCCAAAGGGAUUGAUUUACUGGAAGUAAAAAGCAUCAUUAUAACAUUGAAGUGUCAAUAACAUGGCACUUCAGCAGAGACUCACGAUGACUCAGGUGAUGGUAUGCCAGUGCUUCAUUUGCUCUUCAAAUAUCUGUGUGCUUGGAGCCAUGGUUUCCUAAGCACGUAGUUUUUGGUCCUGCCUCAUUUAAAAUAGUUAACGAUUAUCAUUUAUUUUGAAAGAUUUUACAUGUGAAGUGGAAUUCUUUCAUUGACAGCAAGGGUGUGAGGUGAUGAGGAAGUUUCUUCUGGAAUUUUCUCAAGUCCUUGUAUUCUAAAAUAGCCUAUGAUACCAAGCAAAAUGAUAGUAAAUUGUCUGUCUUUAUUCUUUCAGUCAGGAGGUAUUUAUUAAGUACCUACUGUGUGCUCAGCACUAAAGGUCAGUUGAUAAAAUGACAGUUUAAAAAUGGUGUAUAGCCAUAGGCCUUUUCCAGUAAGGAGUAAGAAAUAAAAGAGGAUUAGUGAUACUUGGAAAUUCCUGGAUAUUUGCUAGAGGAAACAUGAAAGCAAGAAUUUGUGCACAGUGCCUUGCCCAUAGUAGGUACUCAAUAAACAAUUAUUCCUCAUAGAGUCUCUUGCCAUGGUUUCAUAGUGUUUUAUGAAAUUUGUCUUAAUUGAAAAAAGACCAAAUAUUUCAAAUAAGCUUAUAGGCAGCUGUCGCCAGUUAAAAUAUGGGGUUGUACAGAUAGUUCUAGAAUGUUAUUUUGCACUAGAUGUCACUUAGAAAGAUGGGGUUCCUGUAGAUUUUUGGUGCUAAGGGAUACUUUGUCAUUAUGAUGAAGUAAGUGUUAAGUGUCAGAUAAAUAGCACACUGAAUAGUUCUUUCUGCUGGUCUGUUUUUUCCUCUUUGUUGUUGUUGUUUUUAAUUGUAAAAUGUUUAUCAAUCACACUAUUGUAGCAGCUACAAAAUAAUUCACCAGCAUGACAAAAUGGUCAAAAAAUAAGUCAUCAGCACUUCAAAAAUGAAAGCAACUUUUGAAAUUUUCUUUUAAAAUUGUCAAAUAUAUUUUAUGAAGAAUUUAUAAAAGGGGGGAAAUGAUUGUAAUUUAUUGUUCAUGACUGUUUUUUUUGUUUGUUUUUUUUUAAUAAAGUGAGUUUCAACAAAAAAACCCUGAAAAUUCUACAUUGCUGCAUUGGUGGCUCUCUUGAGUAGUUCUGUAGUGCUUUACUUCAUGAACAUAAAAUAGAGGGUAUAAAACUUGAAGCAAUGUCAUUUUCAGCCUUAUCUAAUAAAUGAAACUUUGUUUCUAUAAUAGAAGCUAUUGCUGAGGAAAAGAUGAUUGAAUUAUAGGAGUUUCAGCAUUUCGAGUUUUCUAAAAUUUUAAUGCUUACUAUCUUGCUGUAUUUGUAAGAGGAACUUGUAUUGCCUGAAAAAAAAUGACUUGUUCAUUUAUCUUUCUAUCUCAUUAAGCUGAGGAUGCAUCCCAGACUCAGAAUGAAGUAUGAUAAAUGCAACAAGAGGAUGCAAUUUUUUAAUCUGUAACUUUGAGACCAUGGUUUGUUUUCUAUAAAGUCAUCUGGCCCACUUUUUUCUUUUCUUUUGUAGGUUUUAUUAUGUAUGCCUUCUCCAGAGUAAACAAAGUACUGAGGAUACAAUACACUUAGUGGUCCAAUGGAACAGCAGAUGGAAAAAUGGGCGAUAGAAAACAUUAACUCUACAUGUGCUCUAGCCACCAGGAAUUGUGCUGCUUCUGACUCAGCCACCUUCUCCUGGAUAGUCUUU